AAUAGAUUCAAUGUUAAACGGCACGAUGUUCAAUGCAGAAACGUUAUUUUGAGGCCAAAUGUCAAAUAUGGGCUUCAAAUACAUUCAUAAAGGCCCAUUUCAUAAACAGCACGUAGUUUGUCUACUUUUCACUUGCGAUAUUCGGGUUAGCUGGAGAUUCUGGAAAAAUCCUCCAUCAUCAGUGAUUCCUGUUCUUGAUCUAUCGAUCGAUUAUGAAACACUCAGUGAAUCCGCCUCCAACACCAGAUAAAGAUGUGGCUGAAGCUUUCGAGAAGGACGAGCUCACGCUUCGAGAAAUCAUCAACAUCAAGUUGGUGGAGAGUGGAGAGAAAGAGAAUCUGAUGGAGCUCGUGAGAGAUAGAUUGGUGGAGUGUGGUUGGAAAGAUGAGAUGAGAAUUGCUUGCAGGGAGCUUGUAAGGAAGAAAGGGAGAAAAGAUGUUACAGUCGAUGAACUAAUACGAGUGAUCACUCCAAAAGGCAGAGCUUCAGUACCAGAUUCUGUGAAGGAAGAGCUGUUGAACAGAAUUCAGAACUUUAUUCUAUCAGCUGCUCCUUGAUGGAUGGUCUCUUGACAAUUUGGUGGUGGUUUCUUCUCGUAGCCAGCACUAACCAGAGAGAAACCAUAGGUUUUGUGUAAUGUAUCAUCAUCUUUGCUGUUGCAGAAUCAACUUUCCUGCUUCAGCUUCUCUUUGUAUCAAAUGGCUAUCCUCAAGAAAAUGUUGUCUCAAUAAAGGCUUUUUCUUAUCAAACAUUCUACAAAAUAUGUAUAAAACUCCCUGAAAGCCCUAAUUCUGCUAAAUAUAAAAACAUUGUACAGUACUUUUUAUUAUUUUUUCCCUAAAAUUACCACAUUGUCUUUGGAAGUUUCUUUGUUAAUCCUCCCACAAAUUAAAGUUAUUUUGGAAAUGU